GCUACACCGACGGCCACCGCUGUAGCACAGAGCGGGACGCGGACCGUGUUCUCCUGCAAGAAUUAAAACGCUUCAUUACAGGGAGAGCUGAACGCGCUUACGACCCGGAGAGGCUCGGGGGCUCGCAUGCGGUGAAGUUUCUCCGGAGAUGUAGCCAGCAGUGUUGAGCGCGGCUCGUUGUAAUCGCUCGGUCGCUGCAUGGCUCUUCCCGGGGAUGCCAUGAAAAUCAGAACAGCCGACUGAGAGACCGCUGCUCCUCGCUAUCACAGACACGGCGGCUGCGGCGGUGGCGGUGGUGGUGAGCGAUGGAUACUGGUGGAAAGAUCCACAUUAGAUAGCGUUCACGAAGACCCAAGGAGAGCUGAACGUCUCUGUAGCACAGUUUAGUCGCCGCCGGGGCUGUUUAAAGGAUGGAUUUCAGCCUGCUCCGGAAUAUCAUCAGCAGAUACUGUGUGGGGGAGGAGAACUGGGUGGACAGUCGGACGGUGUACAUCGGGCAUAAAGAACCCCCUCCGGGAGCUGAGGCCUACAUCCCUCAGCGUUACCCCGACAACCGCAUUGUCUCCUCCAAGUAUACCUUCUGGAACUUCAUUCCCAAGAACCUGUUCGAGCAGUUCCGAAGAAUCGCCAACUUCUACUUUUUGGUCAUAUUUCUGGUCCAGCUUAUCAUCGACACCCCCACCAGCCCAGUCACCAGUGGCCUGCCCCUCUUCUUUGUUAUCACUGUCACCGCCAUAAAACAGGGCUAUGAGGACUGGCUCAGACACAAAGCUGACUGCUCUAUAAACGAGUGUCCGGUGGACGUGGUGCAGCAGGGGAAGGUGGUGAGGACACAGAGUCACAAGCUACGGGUGGGGGACAUCGUUAUGGUGAGGGAGGACGAGACUUUCCCCUGUGACCUGAUCCUGCUCUCCUCCAGCCGUCAUGAUGGGACCUGCUAUGUCACCACCACCAGCCUGGAUGGGGAGUCAAGUCACAAGACCUAUUAUGCUGUACCAGAUACCAUGGCCUUUAGAACAGAGCAGGAGGUGGAUUCGCUACAUGCCACUAUUGAAUGUGAACAACCGCAGCCUGACCUCUACAAAUUUGUGGGACGCAUCAAUAUUUACAAGGACAAAGAAGAGCCUGUGGCUAGACCACUUGGGGCUGAGAACUUGCUUCUUAGAGGAGCCACACUGAAGAACACACAACACAUUUAUGCUGUUGCAGUCUACACUGGCAUGGAGACAAAGAUGGCACUUAAUUACCAGUCUAAAUCUCAAAAGCGCUCUGCUGUAGAAAAGUCGAUGAAUGCCUUUCUGAUAGUGUAUCUGUGCAUCUUGAUCAGUAAAGCGGUGAUCAACACUGUUCUAAAAUACGCUUGGCAGUGGUCCCCCGACCGAGAUGAGCCCUGGUACAACCACAGAACUGAGAAUGAGCGCCAGCGGCAUGUGGUGAUCCGAGCAUUCACAGACUUCCUGGCUUUCAUGGUCCUGUUUAACUACAUCAUCCCAGUGUCUAUGUACGUGACGGUGGAGAUGCAGAAAUUCCUCGGCUCCUAUUUCAUCACCUGGGAUGAGGAGAUGUUUGAUGAAGAGCUGGGAGAGGGAGCUCAGGUCAACACUUCUGACCUUAAUGAAGAGCUGGGACAGGUGGAGUAUGUGUUUACUGAUAAGACUGGCACUCUAACUGAGAACAACAUGGAGUUUAUCGAAUGCUGUGUCGACGGGAACGUCUACAUCCCGCAUGCCAUCUGCAACGGGCAAAUCCUCAGCGCUGCUUCCAGUAUAGACAUGAUUGAUUCCUCACCUGGAGGAUACAGGAGAGAACACGAGGAUCUGUUUUUCCGGGCACUGUGUCUGUGCCACACGGUGCAGGUGAAGGAGGAGGAGACGGUGGAUGGUAUCAAGAGGGGCAUCCACCAGGGCAGGCCCACCUCCUUCUACAUCUCCUCCUCACCGGAUGAAGUGGCUUUGGUGGAGGGAAUGAAAAGGCUGGGUUACACCUAUCUGAGACUGAAAGACAACUACAUGGAGAUCCUCAACAAAGAUGAUGAGAUCGAAAGGUUUAAACUGCUCCAUGUCCUGAACUUCGACUCUGUCAGGAGGAGAAUGAGCGUCAUAGUCAAGUCAAGCUCAGGAGAAUACCUGCUCUUCUGUAAGGGCGCAGACUCAUCCAUUUUUCCACGGGUGGUGUCUGGGAAGGUGGAGCAAGUGAGAGCCAGGGUGGAGCAGAAUGCUGUAGAGGGGCUGAGGACUCUGUGCGUCGCCUAUCGAAGGCUGUCAGAGUCAGAAUAUGAGGAGGCAUGUCAUCACCUGACUGAAGCCAAGCUGGCCCUGCAGGACAGGGAGCAGAGGCUGGCACAGGCCUAUGACAUCAUCGAGAGGGACUUUGUGCUUUUGGGCGCUACGGCAGUGGAGGACAGGCUCCAGGAGAAAGCUGCAGACACCAUUGAGUCGCUGCACAAGGCUGGGAUGAAAGUUUGGGUCCUGACGGGAGACAAGAUGGAGACGGCGGCGGCUACCUGCUAUGCCAGUAAGCUGUUCCGCCGAAGCACGCAGAUCCUGGAGCUGACCAAGAAACGCACAGAAGAGCAGAGUCUGCACGACGUUCUGUUCGAACUAAACAGGACCGUUCUCAGACAACGCUCGAUUUCUGGGUUGUCGGUGGACUGCCUCGACUUUGGUUUGAUUAUCGACGGGGCCACUCUGUCUGCAGUGUUAAAGCCUAACCAGGAGGGUUCUGGCCACAGCAACUACAGAGAGAUCUUUCUGGAGAUCUGUCGCAACUGUAGCGCAGUGCUCUGCUGUCGCAUGGCACCUCUGCAGAAAGCACAGAUUGUGAAGCUAAUUAAAGCUUCCAAGGAGCACCCCAUAACCCUCGCCAUCGGCGAUGGAGCCAAUGAUGUCAGCAUGAUCUUGGAAGCACAUGUGGGCAUCGGCAUCAUGGGUAAAGAAGGUCGGCAGGCGGCAAGGAACAGUGACUAUGCCAUCCCGAAGUUUAAACACCUGAAGAAGAUGUUACUUGUUCAUGGCCACUACUACUACAUCCGAAUUGCUGAGCUUGUUCAGUACUUCUUCUACAAGAAUGUAUGCUUCAUCUUUCCUCAGUUCCUGUAUCAGUUCUUCUGUGGGUUCUCCCAACAGCCUCUGUACGACACCGCCUAUUUGACGUUGUACAACAUCAGCUUCACCUCACUCCCAAUCCUCCUCUACAGCCUGGUUGAGCAGCAUGUCACCAUGGAGACAUUGAAGAGGGAGCCCUCCUUGUACAGGGACAUAGCGAAGAACUCCCUCCUCCGCUGGCCUGUCUUCCUGUACUGGACGUGCCUGGGUGUCUUUGAUGCUGUAAUCUUCUUCUUUGGUGCCUACUUCCUGUUUGACAACACCACCUUCACCAGCAAUGGCCAGCUUAUGACCACCAACACACAGAUGAUGUUUGGGAACUGGACCUUCGGGACUCUUGUCUUCACUGUGCUGGUGUUCACCGUUACGCUCAAGCUUGCCUUGGACACGCAUCACUGGACCUGGAUCAAUCACUUUGUCAUCUGGGGGUCGCUACUUUUCUAUGUUAUUUUCUCUCUUCUCUGGGGAGGCAUCAUUUGGCCCUUCCUGAACUACCAGAGGAUGUACUACGUGUUCAUGCAAAUGUUGUCCAGUGGUCCGGCCUGGCUCAGCAUCAUCCUACUGAUUACAGUCAGCUUGUUGCCAGAUGUCAUCAAGAAGGUCCUCUGCAGGGCCAUGUGUCCCACAGCCACUGAACGUGCACAGAAGGUAAGGACAGCGGGGGCCCUGGAGGGCUGUGUGGCUCCUGGCCCUGCUGGUGGAGGGGGAGGCAAUGAGCAAGACCCGCUCCACCCUGAUAGGACCUGUGAGGGAGACAGUGGAGAAAAAGCUGCUAGGACCUAUGACUCCAUGAUGUCACACAGCCACAGCACCCCGCUCAGCAAACCCUAGAGUCCCCCCCCCACUAGGAUCAUGAGAGGCUUUUGCGGGGUGGCGUGGCUGAGUUGACUCCACUGUCCUCUCGUGGAUCCUACAAAGGCACGAGCGCGGACUCCUCUCACCUCCACCUUGGUGCUGCGGAGACGCUGUCGCUCCGCAGGUCUGAUCCCCUGCCCCAGAAACUACUGGCCCACUUGGCAGAAGGGGGAGGGGCAGACUUGUGCUCCCUCAGCCCCUACAUGCUCCGUCUGUCAGGGGCGGGAUUCGCCUACUACGCUCCAGGACCAGAGACCUCCGUGUGAACCACAAAUGCUCUGAAACUAUGUGUAUGUGAUUUCUGUUGGCUAAAACAUACAGCAUGUUGUACAUCCCAAGAUAUGCGACCAAGAUUUGCAUCUCAAGGAUCAAGGAUUUAUAGAAUGAAAUACAAACAUGUUCAUAUACAUGAAAAGCAUGGACACUCCAUGCUGAGUUCACCAUGUGCAUUUUCUGGAAUACACCUGAGUGGACAGCCCUUUAUUUCCCUGACUCGUCAUCAUCAUACUUUGGUACCAUCUUUUUGUUUCAGUGUAGUCCCUGUCUUAGUCUCAUCAAAGUUCCUGCUCAGACUCUUACUUGAAAAAGUCUAAGAACAAAAGGGGAACCACAUGCGAGGGUGCAAUAUUUUUUUGCACUAUGGAACUGUCCAGUUUCAACGUGUCAGCAGUCGGGCCUUUUUGUAUUCCUUGUCCUCAUUUUUCAGUCUCACAUUCUUGCCUGUUCCUCCACUUUUGUGUCCUUUUUGCUUCUUUGUAAAUGUUUGUUGAAAACAUUUAUGUAGAUUAUGUGGUCUGGCCAAGUAAGGGGUAGCCGUCAAGCUCAGCCCUUUAGGUGUGCGUGCGUGUGCAUGAGUGUAUGCAUGAAUUUGCCUGUUAUUGUAUGUUUGUAUGUGAUACACCUUUGCCUUACAGGUAACCACACAGCAGCAGUCUAGGAGCCAAAGGAGAAAUGUGUAAACAGAAGAAAAAAAAAAAACAGAAGUGGUGUAUUA